GAUCAGCAGAGAGAGAGUCGCGGGCAACAGGAAAACUUGCAGUGCGGCCGGCUGUCGCGGGCAGCCUGGAGAAACAGCUAAGUGCCAUGGAUGCGGGAUAGUGAAGCAUCGCGCGUGCACCGAUCGGGGUGAAUUUCUCCAGUUCCGAGACGGACUUUUAAUGUGUCACAGAUGCGAGUACGAGGUGGUGCAACAAGGACACGUACAGGCACAACCGAUAGUCCGAGCAGUACGGGCACAAGGGCAUACCGGAGUUUGCGGGACAAGCCCACGAAAAUUCGCGAGUCUUCAUUCAGGCAUGUCGCGAACGUCUCUUGAACGUGCCAGUGGAGUGUUGGGUGGAGCGGGUCAUUGGUCAGCUCCGGGGCAGAGCCCAGGCCUGGGAUGAGUUUGCCACCACUGUGGAGUGACGAUUUGAUGGACCAAGGGCACGUGCGGAGGCGCAACGCCAGCUGUUCUGCCAUCCACAGGCGGAAGGAGGAGAGAUCGAAGCUUUUAUCUACAACAAGGCUCGCCUACAUCGGCGCUUAGGGGGAACCGAGCUCAUGAGCGGAGUCACGUCAAUCGUGUGCGAGCUGGUCGUGCCGGAGUUGCGGCUGUUGUAUAAAAAUGAUUAAAUUUUAUUCAUAAAAGUAUGCAAUCAUUUCAUCAAUGUUAUGUUAUGACGUUGUCAUGUUUAACUAUCGUCCGUAAACCGACUUUACAGACAACCAAUUUUUUUAUUGAAUCAUCACUAUUUUUUAUGGAUACAAAGAAGAGUGAAAUGAAAUCUACAAUUUAAUUGAUAAAUUUACUUUUAUUUGCACUCAUUUAUUCAAAUAUGUUUAUUACUUUAACGAAGAGAUUAUUUUAACUAUAACUUUUAUACAUGUUUGCUAUGUAAUUUCUUCCAAUCUGUGUUAUUCUGUUAAGGAUAGGACAAUGAUAGGAAAAGUAAGAAACGAAUGGGAGUGUUUCAAGUUUAAAUGUGCCUCGAAAAAGUCAAAUCGAUGGUUGUUAUAACCGAGUGGAAGAGAGAUAGAUGUGGCGCAAGCCUACAAUGAGCGUAACGGGACACAUCGUAACGGGACAGUGUGCGUAACGGGACACUUUUUCGUGCGUGCAGCCGGCGUUCAUCGAUUUAUUAGACGUCAUGUCAAAAAAUUUGUAUUUCAUACACUAUUAAACUUUUAAUUAAAUACCUGAAAUAUUUUUAAAAUUAAUAUAUUCUUUAAAGUAAAUGUUACCGUACUUUAAAGUAUUUAUCACUAUUUUGAAACAAGUAUUAAUUUAAAUUGUAUUUAUUGUCGAGCAUGGUUUGUGAUUUCUUUAAAAAAUUAAUUAACUUUUAAAUUUAACUGUUUAGACAUAUUUAAAUUCUGUGAUUAAUAGUUUAAUAUUGCCCAAAAUAAAAUUAAUUAAAACAUAUCACCAGUGAGUAUCAAACUUGAGCCUUCGGAUUAGAGAGCCUUUCACUUGACUAAAGCUCACUCCCCUGAUUUCACAAUGAUUUUAAACAUAUUCCUGAAAUAUUAUAUUUAAUUGACAUAUUUGGAAGAAAAAAAUAGCCUUGUACAGAUUACGCAUUAUAAAUCACCCAAACGAAUUAAUAAUAGUAAUCUAAGAAAAAUGUCAAAAGGUAGGACGGAAUUGGGAUUAAUAUCAAUUUUAUUUUCAACUCUCAUUAUAACAAUUUUAACGAUGGACUCAGUUACUACUAGCAUUAUUAGUUUGUUAGGCAGCCGCUUAAAACUCUACGUCAAAACGCCAAUGUUACUGUCAGAUGUGUCUAAAUGUCUACGGUGCGGUUUGUUGUUUUUUCCCUUCUGUUGUAAUUAUUUUCUACAUAUGUAUUUUAAGCAUUUAUGUAGUUCAUUUUGUCAUUAAUGAAUAAACUUAAAGAAACUAGUACUGAAGAUGAGAUUAGUGUUGACGUGGAGGACGCGGCGUUGCUGCGCAGACACAAGAAGCACAAGCACAAGAAGCACCGGCGGAAGAAGCCCUCGGAGGACGGGGACACGCCCGACGACAUAGAGAAACACAAGCUCAAGCUGAAGAUCCGCUGGCCCAAGGAUGGUGCUGGGGAAAAGGCUGGCGGUGUGGGCCCGACCAGACCUAGCCCCCCCAAGCCGGGGGAGCGCGGAGGUGCGUCUCCCAAGUCGGCGAGCAAGCGCAAGAAGGGGAAGGGGCGCGACAGUGGCACGUCCAGCGAGGAGGAGCGCUGGCUGGACGCCAUCGAGUCGGGCAAGCUGGAGGAGGUGGAUGACGAACUGAAGAAGAUCAAGCUGAAGGACCCGAAGCUGAUGACGGCCCGGCAGCGUGCGAUGCUGGUGCGCAAGAGCGACAAGGAGCCCGGCGUGGGCGGGGAGCAGCUGUUGGCCCUGCCCUCUGGUCUCAAGGAGAAGGUAAUGACGGCGGAAGCCAUCCAGAAGGCACAGCUCAAGUCCCAGCGGAGGAAGCAGCUGGCAGACGAGAAGAGAGAGAAGGAUAAGAAGAAGACGAUGGAGCGGCUGCUCAAGAAGCAGGAGUGCAAGGGGGCGAAGGGGGGGCAGAGGGUGCGAGCCACGGGCCGGCUGGGGCCUCGCGUGCUGUACCGCAGCUGUGCCGAGGGCAUCAGCGUGUCUCUGCCGCCCGGUGUCGACUUCCCGCUGCAGCACGCCGUCUCCAGGACCCCGCCGCGGGCCCAGCUGUGUGCCGUGGAGGGCUGCGGCAACGCCAGGAAGUACUCCUGCUCCCGGACUGGCGCCCCGCUGUGCAGCCUGCAGUGCUACCGCCGGCACCAGCUCGGCCGGGGCUGAGUGGUGGCAGUGUCCCAGGACCCCGCCGCGGGCCCAGCUGUGUGCCGUGGAGGGCUGCGGCAACGCCAGGAAGUACUCGUGCUCCCGGACUGGCGCCCCGCUGUGCAGCCUGCAGUGCUACCGCCGGCACCAGCUCGGCCGGGGCUGAGUGGGCGCAGUGUCCCAGGACCCCGCCGCGGGCCCAGCUGUGUGCCGUGGAGGGCUGCGGCAACGCCAGGAAGUACUCGUGCUCCCGGACUGGCGCCCCGCUGUGCAGCCUGCAGUGCUACCGCCGGCACCAGCUCGGCCGGGGCUGAGUGGGCGCAGUGUCCCAGGACCCCGCCGCGGGCCCAGCUGUGUGCCGUGGAGGGCUGCGGCAACGCCAGGAAGUACUCCUGCUCCCGGACUGGCGCCCCACUGUGCAGUCUGCAGUGCUACCGCCGGCACCAGCUCGGCCAGGGCUGAGUGGGCGCAGUGUCCCAGGACCCCGCCGCGGGCCCAGCUGUGUGCCGUGGAGGGCUGCGGCAACGCCAGGAAGUACUCCUGCUCCCGGACUGGCGCCCCACUGUGCAGCCUGCAGUGCUACCGCCGGCACCAGCUCGGCCGGGGCUGAGUGGGCACAGUGUCCCAGGACCCCGCCGCGGGCCCAGCUGUGUGCCGUGGAGGGCUGCGGCAACGCCAGGAAGUACUCCUGCUCCCGGACUGGCGCCCCGCUGUGCAGCCUGCAGUGCUACCGCCGGCACCAGCUCGGCCGGGGCUGAGUGGUGGCAGUGUCCCAGGACCCCGCCGCGGGCCCAGCUGUGUGCCGUGGAGGGCUGCGGCAACGCCAGGAAGUACUCCUGCUCCCGGACUGGCGCCCCGCUGUGCAGUCUGCAGUGCUACCGCCGGCACCAGCUCGGCCGGGGCUGAGUGGGCGCAGUGUCCCAGGACCCCGCCGCGGGCCCAGCUGUGUGCCGUGGAGGGCUGCGGCAACGCCAGGAAGUACUUCUGCUCCCGGACUGGCGCCCCACUGUGCAGCCUGCAGUGCUACCGCCGGCACCAGCUCGGCCGGGGCUGAGUGGGCGCAGUGUCCCAGGACCCCGCCGCGGGCCCAGCUGUGUGCCGUGGAGGGCUGCGGCAACGCCAGGAAGUACUCCUGCUCCCGGACUGGCGCCCCACUGUGCAGUCUGCAGUGCUACCGCCGGCACCAGCUCGGCCGGGGCUGAGUGGGCGCAGUGUCCCAGGACCCCGCCGCGGGCCCAGCUGUGUGCCGUGGAGGGCUGCGGCAACGCCAGGAAGUACUCCUGCUCCCGGACUGGCGCCCCACUGUGCAGCCUGCAGUGCUACCGCCGGCACCAGCUCGGCCGGGGCUGAGUGGGCGCAGUGUCCCAGGACCCCGCCGCGGGCCCAGCUGUGUGCCGUGGAGGGCUGCGGCAACGCCAGGAAGUACUCCUGCUCCCGGACUGGCGCCCCACUGUGCAGCCUGCAGUGCUACCGCCGGCACCAGCUCGGCCGGGGCUGAGUGGGCGCAGUGUCCCAGGACCCCGCCGCGGGCCCAGCCGUGUGCCGUGGAGGGCUGCGGCAACGCCAGGAAGUACUCCUGCUCCCGGACUGGCGCCCCGCUGUGCAGCCUGCAGUGCUACCGCCGGCACCAGCUCGGCCGGGGCUGAGUGGUGGCAGUGUCCCAGGACCCCGCCGCGGGCCCCGCUGUGUGCCGUGGAGGGCUGCGGCAACGCCAGGAAGUACUCCUGCUCCCGGACUGGCGCCCCGCUGUGCAGCCUGCAGUGCUACCCGCCGGCACCAGCUCGGCCGGGGCUGCUGAUCCUGCCCUUCCUGCCUCAAGGUUCUAGUUUGUGCCGACAAGUAGAACCGUGUGAGCGUAAUUUUUUUUUCUUUCAAUCAAAUUUUAUUACGUGUAUCAAAAUUGAUUUACGUGAAUUUUGAAAUGUAAUAUAAUUUUUUUUAAGGUAAGUUAAUAAGUCCUGUUUUAACCAAUGUUCCCCCCCCCCCCCCCCUUCCCUGUAGUGACAGUAGAUAUUUCACUAUGAGGUAUAAAAAAUUACGCAAAGUAUUCUUUGGAUAUUAGGUGUUUUUAAGGGUAUUUUUUGGUUUGGUUGCAAAAAAAAGAUGUUUCCAUGUUUUUGAUUUAAAAAUCUAGAUUGCAGAGUGUCCUGAUCCGGAACUCGGCCACUCUGCUGUGAGAUGUGCUCAUGUUUAGAUAAAGUAUGGAUGUUUAUAUCAUGCCCUAUAAAAUUUUUAACUGGGUGCAUAUACAUAUUCUACAAAAAUGACUCAAACUGACAGUUAAUAGUUUGCUGUGGUACAUCUUCAUUACACUUAGAAAACACCCAAAUAUUUGUUAUUUCGAAAUUUAAGCAUUUGAAAUUCAAAUUGUUUGUUUUAACAUUUAGAAUUUUGAAUAUUCACACAGGCCUUUAGACAAAUGAAGAACAAUUGCGGGUAACUCGUGUUAGCUACACUUUAAAAAUGGAAAUGGUUACUAUGCAAUUUGUGUUCAAGACAUGCAUGAAACCAUUUUUUUUUUGCCAUGUCCAUUUUGUGUAUAUUCAAUAAAACUUUGAUCUGGGAAUAUUAAAGCUUUUGAUCUGGAAGAAGGAAAAAGACAGGUAAUUUUGCCUGGUUAUUUUUGUGUAUGCUCUGUAAAAACAUACAGAGUCAUGCUGAAUUGUGUAAGACUCUACCUGUAAAUAAUAAUUCCUAUUUUUCAGGGCUGUUCUAAUACUACCUUUUCCAAAACCAAUUCCUGAUCCUCGAUUAUAUUAUCAUAAUUUACAAUUACUGGUCCUAUUAUAUCAUUAAAUAUAUGACACAUAAUUUUUUGUAAAAUUGUAGGAGAAUGUGAUUAUUUUAUUAUGUAAAUAUAAAUAAAACAAUUUUAAUGAAACUAUGUGCAUCACUUUUUGAUAGGUAAAUAUCUUCUUUUGUUUUACCUGUAGCUUAGUUAAUAAUUUAUGAGAUUAACCUUUAAAAGUAUAUUGGUUGUAAAGUUAACAUACAAAAAUAACUUAAUUUAUUUUGUUUGUCUUUGUAGUAAAGCAGUUUUUGUUAUACAUGUAUCAAAUACUAAUUAAUAUGUGUAUUAUUUAAUACUUAUUAAAAAUAUACUUUUCUUCAGUAAGUAGAAUGAGAGAAUUGGCUAAAUCUUGUUUUUAAAAAUGCUACAAAAUGCUAAAUUUCAAAUUCAAAAUGCUAAAUGUUAUUAUUUUAAAUGCUAUAAAUCACCAUCUCUAUGUAUCAGUAAUAAUAUGUGUUCUCUUUGUGUAGUAUUGUAUGUUACUAAGGUAGAGUUGUAUAUAUUGUCCAUGGUCAAUUAUUAAAAAAUAUAUAACUAAGGACAAUAGAGAGAUUUUUCAUGCUGACAUUUUGUAAAACUCAAUUAAUAUGAAUAUCUGAAUGUUAAAGUUUGUAAAUAUUUAUUUAUAUCAAGAAUACAGGAGAUUAUUUAUUCAUGUUAAUAAUAUGCAGAAAAUUUGUAUGGCAAUAUCAGUUUGACUGAAUAUGGUAGAAAUAGGCAUGGAAAAUACAGAUAAGUACAUAUGCUUCAAUUAUGCUUGAAUUGAUUUGUUUCAUCCUACUAACUACUUUUGUUGAAGUUAAUUUUCUAAAUUGGACUAAUAUUUA